GUGAAUUGAGAAGAGUAAAAAGAGAGAAAAUAUGAGUGAGAAUGAGUUUAUUCUUCUUGAUCAUCCCAUCCAUCACCAUCAACUCAUUCUUACCGAAUUUGAUGGCACUAGAAGAAACCAAUGUGAAGGCUGCCUGAGGUGCUUCUUCUACGGCGAGGCGAUCUACGUAUGCACUCACCGCUGCAGCUACCCACUCUUACAUGAAGCAUGUGCAGAAAUGCCGCGAGAGAUCACUCUCUCCUUGCACCCUCAACACACCCUCGUCCAAAAGCAAAGCUAUUGUAUUUGCGCAGUCUGCGACUAUGGGAUCAACUUUGGCUACUGCUGCAGUAUUAGCUCUUGCAGAUUCGAAAUCCACCCAGUUUGCGCGAGGAGCAUCGAAGUGAUGGGUGCAAGUGAACGCAGCUGCAUCAAACACCCGAGCCAUCCGCACCAUGAGCUGACACUGCUGUGGAGGCCUGGCCGCGCUGCUUGGAUAAGGUGCGAUGCUUGUGGAUCCAUACACCGAGGGAACUCCUAUCUCUGCAUCCUUUGUCAAUACUCCAUCAACGAGAGCUGUGCAGCUUUACCUGCCACCCUCGACCGCUACCACCUCCACGACCACCCGCUCUCCCUUGCUUAUGGCCUCCCACUUGAAUACAUCGAGUACCAUUUGGAGGAGUGUCAAGUGUGUUACAAGGAGUUGCUACCUAGAUAUUGGGUCUACCAUUGUGGGCUUUGCAAAUAUGUUUCCCAUAUCAAUUGCGCCCUGUCAACAACUGCCCUCAUGAUGAGCAAUACUGACGACGAUACGAAUGUUGUCGCGUUUCCUAUAAAUGACGCAUCGGAAGAGAUCAUUGGACCUUUUGUUGCUAAAUUAGGAAUACCGGCCAUCUCUCAUGAUAAUGAGAUCGUUAAAGGUAAAUACAAACUCCAUAAUCCCGACCAUCAGUUACGUUUAAUCUCACCAUCACUGCAUGAUCAAGAAGAAAACGAUAAUAGUGAUGAUGAUGUUGAUCUUAACUGUGGCUUAAAAUCAAAAUUAGUAUGUGAUGGAUGCACCGGACCAAUAUCAUCGUUAAAUAAGUACGUAAGUUGUGGUGAAUGCAAUUACAUUGUCCACUUAACUUGCUUCCAGUUACCGGUAGAGCUCUCCUCUCACCCAUUCCACCAAGAACCUCAUCACAUCUUAACCCUUCAAACUCCUCCCACACUCGACUCUGUUUUUUGCAACAUUUGUCAAUUUUAUACAAAUGGGCACUUUUAUGGUUGCACAAAGUGCGACUUCAAAGUGGAUAUAAAGUGUGUUUCUCUGCCCGAUACCAUAAAACACGAAACUCACCUACGCCAUAACCUCAAGCUGCAAACUGAAGAGAUAACGAGAUUCGGUUACAUCCGCCCCUGCAGAGCAUGUAAUUGGAGUACAUGGGAUCGAGUCUCCUACAAAUGUGAUGUCUGCCAUAUCAUGUUUCACGCUGAGUGUGCACUGCUGCCGAAACAAGUGAGUAAUCGUAGAUGGGAUAAGCACCUGUUGCUGCUAACGUACAAUGCUAGCGCCAACCAUCCAAGUAAAUUCUACUGCGAAAUCUGCGAAGAAUAUAUGAAUCCAAAGUGGUGGAUGUAUCACUGCAGAUAAUCCGAUGUUUCCAUCCAUACAAAAUGCUUGCCCACAACGUCGGGGGAGUAUCGGAACGUCAAGUUUGGGCAGCGAUAUGAUUUAGGGGAACAUCACUCACACCCCGUCGUGCAUCAACUAACCACCAGGUUGCGUUGCAGCGCCUGUUGUAAAAGGAAGGUUUAUGGUACCCUUGGAUUUCAGUGUGCUUCGGACAAAUGUGACUUCUUCAUGUGUUUACAAUGGUGGUGUGGAAAAAAACACAAAGAUAACAUACGUGCUAUUGAUGGAAGAAACAGUGUGGAGUGUUCCAUAGAGGAGUAAUUUUUAGCAAAUAACUACUCCUAUGUACUACUGUUUUCUUAGUUUGUGAUGAAUCCAUCUUUGUCCACUUAAAUAUUUGGUGUGUCAUUUGAAGUUUGGUUACGAAUUUACUGUGGUUAUCUAUUGUUGUAAAAUAAAAUAUACUAGUAUCAUUUGACUUAAAUCUGAAAGCUUUGUAAUAAAAUUUCC